AUGGCUCGAUACCUCGCUGUGCAACUGUCCGCUCUUUGCAGUGUUUUGUCGUUUGUUUACAUUUCGCAUUCCUUGGAGCGCCACUCAUUGACCGUCUUGCUUCUAUCAGGCCUCAUCUGCUACGGCCUCGGUUCCGCAGCAAAACUCAUCCCCGGAGCAGACGGCCGCUUCGUCUCAGGCACCGGCGACGAGACGAUCCUCGGCGUUGCGUCUGACGAGGCGCUGCUCAAGGGAUCCAGCGCCCACCUCCCCAAUCGGCCCCGGCGAUGGUCUCUUCCGGUCCUGGUCUUCACCAUUGUCCUUCGAUUGGAAGUCUUUCACCUAGUGAACAAGCAGCAGCAGUGUGCUUCUCCUGGGCUCGAGUCGUUUCUCAUCAUCAUUCUCAUUGGAUAUGAAAUCUUCUCUACACGUCGCCGAUGGGGGCUCCCGUUGUCCGCCUUGGAAGACGACGACCCCUGGCGCAGCAUCUUCGACGACAUCUGGGACUGGUUCAGCGGGCCUCGCGUCGUCAUGUUCAACACCGUUGUCAGCGCACUCGUCUUUUCGCUGGGCACCUACUUGUCCAUCUCCAACAUUCGGAGGUCGACCUACUUUUGCUUCCACCUCAUCGACAGCCGGUUCAGGACCGUCUCUCUGCAGCUGCUGGGCCUCGUGCUUGAUGCCGUCAUUGUAGUCUUGCUGUGGCGGAUCAUGGCAUGGGCAAGGACCGUGAAGCUGCGCCUACGCAUCUUAAGCUCGGUGCUGCUUCUGUCGUCUGCCUCGGUGGGCAUGGUAUGGAUUGUCAACACCGUCUUCAGGGGCACUCAUAGAGUAAACGUCUCCUUUGGAUCCCUGUAUGGCUUUGAUGCCGUGGUGGAUAGCUUUGCCUUUGCCUCUCUCGUCACGGCAUCCAUGUUUUGGAUAUGCGAGACAUCAACCAUUACGCCUGUCGGCACCUUGACGUUCUUGGUGGGCAUAUGGAGCUCAUGCGACAAAAUCUUUCGCUACGGGGACUGGUUACACCUAUCACGAACUGCUGCGAUGGGCCCGUUAUGGAUGAUUGUCGCCGGCACUAUUUUCUUCUUGUAUCUUCACGACGUUCGUUCCAUCGUCUUCAUUCGGCGGAUCCUGUUUGCUCUCAUACUGCUGGCUCUCCUCUUGGGCACAACCAUCUUCAUUCUUGUAAAGAAGCCUCAAACGUUUCACAACAACAUUCAUCCUGCCAACGAUCUCGUCUACACGGCCCACGUCGAGCAUGACCGCUGGAAGGCACAAGUCAGCGUCAGUACCACGCUAUCGACGGCUGUAACGGUCUACCAGGAGCGACACAACGGGAGGCUACCGCCCCCUAAUUUUGACGCAUGGUACAAAUACGCCGCGGAUGACUCGGCUAUCAUCGACGACUUCCAGCAAAUCGACCGAGACGUUGGCCCCUUUUGGAACGUGCCCCCUCCUGUGCUCCGCAAAAGGGCCAUCGAGAUGGCGGCGAUGCCGGACGUCGCAACCAUCACGGUCAAGGGCGGCAAGGUCUCUCGGGAGGACACGGGCAACGGUGACGACAACAAAGACCUCGACGAGGUGGUCGCCAUGAUUGCAAAGUUUGCCCAGCACCUCCCGGACAUGGUCCUGCCCAUCAACCUCUCUCCGUCGCCCCGCGUGUUACCGCCGUGGGAGGAGGCGAAUUCCAAAAACAGGGCUGCUCAGCUCAGCUCCGUGGCUGACCUAUUAUCUCGGCGCUCCAUGGACGAGGCGAGCAACGGCACUGCGCCAGCGGAGCACGAGAAGGAGGAAAAGGAAACAAUCGUCUCUCAUCCUCCUCCUAGUCCUCUUCGGAGGACGGUGCCGGCUAGUGCCUUUCGUCGGAUGCAGGCCGAAGCCUGCUCUCCCUUGUCGCGUAGUAGGACGAGGCCUCACUGGAACUUUAUGGAGUUUUGCUGGUCGUGUGCCAAGGACCACACCCACGGCCAACUCCUAACAAAAUGGCAGCAGUCGUUGGACACCUGCUCCCAGCCUGAUUUACGUCUGCUGCACGGCUUCUCGCUGACAGAUCCGCCGCGGACGCCGCUCCGGCAGCUCGCCCCCUUGUUCGGAGCCUCCAAGACGGAUGAGUUCCGUGACAUUGUCAUACCGCUCCCCAAGACGAGGCUGGAGCGGCCCGACAUCAAAUGGCAGUUUACACGAAGAUAUGAUAGUCUGGUCUGGAGAGGGGUCGUGGGGGAACACGCACCCAAUAGUCAGGCCCUACGCGGAAGUCACAAAUAUCGACUGUUGCAUCUCGCCAGUGCGCCGUACGCACGCGACGACGUAAUCAUGGUCCUCCCCAAGCCCGACGACCACGAGACAUUCGGCUACGAAAGGGUAUCGGCCUUCGAGGCCAACGCCGUCGUGCCUUUCAGCGUGGGAGUGACCAACUCGACGGCCUGCGCAGCCGAUGGGUGUAAGCUGGUCGAAAAGGCCUACAGCAUCCGUGACGAUGCCACCGAGCCGCUGGAAUACCGCUAUGUGCUCCUGAUGGACGAGGACGACGGUCCGCCGCAGCAGGUCCUUCGCACCUUGCGCUCAAACAGCGUGCCACUGAUAUCCACCAUCUUCCGCACGUGGUAUACCGAGCGGCUGAUGCCGUGGCUGCACUUUGUCCCCAUCGAUCCAAGAUACCAGGCCCUUCACACGACGUUUGCCUACUUCUCGGGCACGGAGAGCCGGCCCAAGGUCAAUGGCAGGGAGACGUCGUUGCAGGGCAGAACGGCAGAUGCCGAGUGGAUCGUCCAGCAGGGCCAGCGAUGGGUGACAAAGGCUCUCCGCGAGAAGGACAUGGAGAUCUAUCUGUUCCGGCUGCUUCUGGAAUGGGGGCGGCUCAUUGACGAUCUGAGGGACGAGAUUGGUUUCCGCAAGGAUGACAAGGGGGCGUUCCAGAACGACGCCUGGACCCGGCAACAAGGCGGGGAAUAA